CCAAACAAUGUCUCUGUGGUUACUUUAGUAAAACGUGAAAGACAACAGAUUGGAUUCGUUUAAAAAAAAUAGGUUAAGAAUUAUUUCCUGAGCUAAAAAGACGUCCCAGCUCAGAGCUCUGGCCCAGGUUGAUGUUGCUGCCGCUGGCGGAGGGGGAACCAGCGCUGGGAGCCCGGGUUUCCGGCCGGACUUGAGUUGUGGACGGGCGGCCCGGUAAGUAAUGGCGCUGGAUGCACGCAGGCGGUUCUUUAAACUCCUCAUGCGCCUCGGCGCCAUCAUCCUCACACGGUUCCCCUUCUGGAAUUGCUUCAGCAUGUUGAUGCUAUUCGCGGAACGAGCCGAUCAGCGCAGGAAACCAGAUAUUCCAGUGCCAUACCUCUAUUUUGAUAUGGGUGCUGCAGUUAUCUGUGCCAGUUUCAUGUCCUUUGGUGUGAAGAGGAGAUGGUUUGCAUUGGGAGCUGCCCUUCAAUUGGCUAUCAGCACAUAUGCAUCAUAUGUUGGAGGACAGGUGCACUAUGGGGACUGGCUUAAGGUAAGAAUGUAUUCCAGAACUAUAGCCGUAAUUGGAGGAUUUCUGAUUUUAGCGAGUGGAGCUGGUGAGGUAUAUCGGCAGAAGCCUCGUACAAGGUCAUUACAAUCCACUGGGCAAGUGUUUCUUGGCAUUCACCUUAUUUGUGUGGCUUACUCCCUGCAGCAUAGUAAGGAGGAUCGCCUGGCCUAUCUGAAUCACAUCAUAGGAGGUGAAAUUACGCUGCAGUUGUUGUUUGUACUUUACGCUGUGCUGGCUUUGUCUUUCCUCUCGGGAUACUGUGUACGGACUGCAGCCCAGAUGCUUUCUAUUCUUAUGCCCGUUGUAGUUCUAUUUAUUGAUGGAAAUGUGGGCUAUUGGCAUCAUUCCCGUAGGGUUGAGUUCUGGAAUCAAAUGAAACUGCUUGGGCAGAAUGUGGGCAUUUUUGGUGCUGUCAUAAUUUUGGCGACAGAUUGCUAAUGAUUUUUAAAGGUGGAGUUCCUCAUUGCAUGGCACUAAUGAAACCACUGCCUUGUACUGCUAUUUAUUUGACAUUUUAAAAGAUGUAUAGGUUCUUAAAUAUAUUUUCAGUAUAGAUCCUAUUCUCACAGAAUUCUAGAGAUAAAGUGAACUGUGUGAGCAAUUGCUUAUAUUCCAGUGAACAUGUAUACUAACUGAGGGACAACAUUGUGAAAUUCUGCUCUUGGCACAGUGUCUCACUUUCCAGGACUGCAUUGAGAUACUGGGUGCUUGCCUUUGGCAGGUGAGCCAAGAAUAUGUAUCUGGAAAAUUGGCUCACUUUGUGUUCAUUGACAUAUCUUUUCACUAAAUUCCAUGCACUGCAUCAUGAUAAGUAAGGCCUGUAAUUUGUUAUAACAUGUCCUGUGAUUUAAUAACUUAUGAUUCCAUUGUUCCUAGUAAUAUAAUAUGAAACAUUUCUAUUAUCGUGUAUGAAUUGAUUUCCUCCCUUAAAGCUACAUAUUUUUCCAACUUCUAUUUCCUUAUCUGAUGAUUACUUGUGCAAGCAAGAUGAACAACACCUAUGCAGCUAGUUCAUUGGUUGAUCUAACUGGCAGCCUGAAGAACCUCCUUAAUUGUCGAGGCAGUGUAUCUGUUACAAUCCACAGGUGGGAUAUAUCAUGAUGUUCCUUUUGAAUAAUGUUUUAAUGCCACCAGCAAAUCUUUCCUCGAGUUGCAUUUGUUAGCAUAAUAGACAGUACAUCCAUCAGCAGUCUGUACAGUCCUGUAGUUUUAAUUAUCAGAUUCUGAAAGAUUACUCUUCUGGAGUUUCUCAUCCACUUCUGUAGCAGGGUGGGUAGGUAAAUCAGAAGGCGACUAAGCAAGAAGAUAUGAUGAAUUAGCACUGCAGUCCAAGUGAACACUGUUGAUCCCAGCAUUGGUAUUAAGCCGUAGCAUCAAUCCAUUUGAGUGAAAUGAUAACUGUUUUAAACACAUUGAUUAUUUUUUUUCACAAAGCGAAUGAUUCAUCUAAGUUUUUGACCAAGUUUGUGGAUUUUGUUUUUGUCUCAAUCCCACAUUUCUGCUUAAAAUUUAAUUUUUUUUUGGAGGGCUGUGGUUAUUGGUGGUGAAUCUUAACAAAUCAUGAGCUACAGUGAGUGGUUGCAUUUGGAUGUAUGUCAAGUUAUAGUUUAAAAAAUAUAAUCUUUUUAUAAUCUAAAAGUUGCCUUUCAGGAUGCAUUAAUGUGGCCCUCUAUUUUCAAAGAGUGAAACAGAGAUAAGAGCUUUUGGGAAUUCCUUGGAGUACAUCAACUUAAUAGUUUCAGAUUUACUGUGAGCUUUCCUUUUCUUUCCAGCCCCAAACCACUGAACAAAAUCUUUAGUCCUUCAAACAGUUGUGCUCGUUCUGAAAACUGAAUUUACAAAGUGAAAUUAGGAUUUUUAAAAUGUAUUGUCUUUGUGAAGAAAUGGAGGAUCUCUUGUUUCCCAUCAUUUUAUAAAUAGUUCAGCAAAUGCGCCCUAUCUGAAUGACAAGGGCAUCAUUUGUGAUGAAAAUAUGGAUUAUAUGUCAAGGUCUGUCUAAAACAGUUAAGUUAAAUUAUCCUUUUUUUCAUUAUGAUCUCGCUUAAGUGCAAAGGAUUUCAGUUUCUGUAAGCAAAUAUCCAGAAAUGCAGCUCAAUUUUAAACAAAUUGACAUUUAAUUUAAAAAAACAGGCGACAGCUUGCCAUGUUUGGCGUCUUUGAAUUUUUGUUAUAUAUUGUAUUUGUGAAUACUUGUGUAGGAAUAAAAGGAACUUGAAUGAGCAUUUGAAGAAGGGCAAUAAAAAAUGCCAGUGAAUUCACAGUAGAACAUGCUAUAUGUUGAAUUGAUUUAACUUGUAAAUUGAAGUUCUUAUGAACUGUGGCAUCUGGAUAAUCUGCCUGAAAAGAUAGGAUCAACAUGGUAAAACUGUAGCAGCCUUGUAACUCGCCUUUUUGAAAUGUAUGUAAAUCUGAUCAUAUUUCAGUGGGAUUUGAAACCUCUUGAGUUUCUAUGAUCUGUGCUUUAAUUGCUGAAGAAUGUAAAACAAAAUUCAAUCUAUCCUUGACAAUAUUAUCAUUGUUACUUUUCUUCCAUGAAUAGUUAGCUUAGACUUAGUGGGUGGUGGGAAUUUGGAUCAGCUGGAUCCAGUCGACUCACUGUUGUUUGUUUCUUGUAGGUUGACCUAGAUUGUAUAAGUCUUCAGUUGUGUUUCUCUAGUAGGGAUUAGCACUGUUUCAAAUUGUGAUAGCAUAUACAUUGGGAGUAAAAUUUUCAUUGAAAAUUAAAUCAUAUAAAUGACUAAAUGGCCAUCAUUGACCCUCAGUAACUAUUCAAAUGGAGUUACCUGUAGAAAGGUUUGAAUGCUCCUUUGUUUAAGUUACUAAGUGAUUGGGUAUUUUCCAUGGAUAGCUUUUACACAAAUAUUCUAUUUCCAAUCUGAUAUACAUAUAGAAAACUGAAUAGAUUACCAGUCAACCAAAUGUGGGAUGACUGUUGCAUACCAGUUACCUUAGGGUCUUGGCAGGGUGAUGUCUUGGUCCAGGAUGAUUGGAGAGCAGGCUCCACUAAACAGACUUAACAUAUGAACACGUGAACACGCACAAGUGCCUAUAUCCAUUGUAUUCACACGCAGAUGCAUUUUGCAAACACUUAAGCAGAUACACAUGUUCUUAUCCACAUUAUUCCUCACCCCACAUUACUUUGAAAGCCUCUCCCUCCCUCCACUCCCAGACCCUCUUGUUACAUAUAGUUAGUGGAAUUUAAUUUAAAUAUCAAGUUUACAGUGUAAUGGCAAUAUGCUUUCAUAAGUGAGAGCACUAACAGAGCUGUAAUUCAAACAUUUAGUUUUACCAUUUAAUUCUAGGCUGAUUGACAUUCUACAUGAAAUACUUGGAUUUAACUUCCUAAACUUGUUGAAAAUGGAUGUCACUAAUUUCAUCACUUAAAGGAAAACCUAUUGAAAUCCAAUUUGGUACAAAACUUUAUGCUUACUUACACCAUUCCAAUGUGUAAAUUUUAUCUUACCUCAUGGAAAACAACAGUUUUGUAGCUUCUUGAGCCAAAUUUCUUCAUUACAUCAUUCCUCAUGGUUUAUGAAGCUUUGUGAUGUGAAAAAGGACUUGGCAUUGAAUGUAAUUUCAACCAAAAUAUAAUUCUCCUUUGGAGAACAUUUCAAGCUGAAGCCAUUCCCUGAGGACUUUUUUUAUAUGAAAUGUGCAGUAAUUCUGGUGCAAUGGUGUGAAAUCCAAUGUUUCAAUUUCAUUCACUUUUGUCAGUCAUUUGAAUAUUGUAAGAGAAAUAGUUUAAAACUUUUCAUUACAUUACAAGUUUUCUGUAAGUGUACAAGUCUUACCAUUUUGGUCAAAUUCCAAAUAACUCGAUCAAAAUUCAUCAUUACCAGAUGUGAAAAUUCUUUGUAUUUUAUGCCAAAUAUAUUAUGAUAAGGAAAACUCAGGCCCACCUCAUUAGAGAUCAUUGAUUAAAUGGUUGCACUCAUAGAAUAAUACAACACAGAAGCAGGCUAUUUGGCCUAACUCAUCAUUUCCAUCCUUGAUGCUGAUCUACACUAAUCCUAUUUGCCUGUAUCCCUCUAUACCUUUCUUAUCCAUGUACCUGUCCAAAUGCCUUUUAAACAUUGUAAUUGUUCCUGCCUCUACCACCACCUCCAGCAGCUUGUUCCAAAUACCUACUGCCCUUUGUGAGGAAAAACUUGCCCCUCAGAUCCCCCUUUAAAUACUUCCCUUCUCAUCUUAAACCUAUGCCCUCAAGUUUUAGACUCCCCUAUCCUAGGAAAAAGACUGGCUAUCUACCCUAUCCAUGCCCCUCAUAAUGCUACACACCUCUACAAGGUCACUCCUCACCCUCCUUUGCUCUGGGGAAAACAGUCCCAGCCUAUCCAAUCUCUCCUUACAACUCGAGCCCUCCAGUCUAGGCAACAUCCCUGUGAAUCUUUUCUGCACCCUCUAGCUUAAUCACGUACUUCCUAUAGGAUUCUCUUUGGAUAAACAAUCCUUUAUUAAUCUACUUGCCAAUUGGAACUUGAACUAGUAACCGUGAAUUCUUUUCUGUGCACACUUGCAUAAAUUGUUUACAUAACCUUGGUGUGCAGCGAUGCUAACGUCAAACUGUUUUGUAAUUAGAUGGCAGGAAUACUUUUUCCAUCUACUGUCUUUCUAUAACCCCAAUUACUUAUCAAGGUCUUUCUCCAAAUACAUUGACUUUUUUUGUGACUCUGUAAAUACAAGGGAGAUUUUUAGCAAUGGAAAAUUUUUGGUUCAUGAAGAUGCUUGCAAAAUGUGUUGCAAUAUGUAGAAAAGAGUUUAUGUACACACUGCAAAUUCUGAACCUUAAUUAUGUAAAACCAAUCUGCAUUUAACUCGGUAACUUAUCCUUCAAAGGCAAAGCACUAAAGCAUUGAAGUUCUAAAUAUAAUUUAGUUGUGCUGUGGUAUACAAAAUGCUAUGAACAGUGAUUUUAGCCAUUUAUAGGAGGGCACAAUCAAAAGUGUUAGAGUCAUGAAAGCAAUAUGUGUAAACUCAAAAGUAAGACACAAGAGAUUCUGCAGAUGCUGGAAUCUGGAGCAACUCACAUAAAAUGCUGGAGGAACUCAGCAGGUCAGGCAGCAUCUAUGGAGGGAAAUAAACAGUCGAUGUUUCAGGUUGAGACCCUGAUGAGUCCUGAUGAAGGGUCUUGACCCGAAACUCAAAAGUAAAGCAGCUGAAUCUGAAGGACCUUACACUGAGAGUAAGAGGUUUGUCAUCUAAUGAAGUUAAUAAAAGUUAAAAAUUAGGCUCAAUUUAUUUUAACUAAGUUAAUCACGUUGAGCAGAUAAGAUUAUAAGGAUGCCAUAGUGGUUCAGCAGGUACUCCUGUUCCCUCAUGGCCCCCAAAGCCAUGUGCGAUCUUGACCUUUGUGUGGAAUUUGCACGCUCUCUCUGUGAUCGUGUGGGUUUCCUUCAAGUGUUUCACUUUCCUCCCACGUGUCAGAUAUAUGCUGAAAAGCAGGCUGCUGGUGCAGGCAUGUGUCAGAAGAA